UCGUACGUUGCUUCUGUGUCAGUUAUGAAUGGUUUCCUUCUCUGGUAUAUAUCUAUUGCUGAAGCCGAAGGAGAAGGAAUCAAAUUAAGAAAGGCGUGAUGGGUCUGUUUCUUUCUAAGAAUGUUAUCAUGGCAUGCAGAUUUUGCUUUCCAUAUAUUUUCUCGAGAAAAGUUGCAGGCCAUUUCUUGAAACCCAGGAAAGUGGUGCGUUUGACCUCUCGUACUGGUAGGCAUUUGCAGCGAUAUGAUGAAGGUUGUCGCCAAGUUGUGGGAUGCAUUCCAUACAGAUACAAGAGUAGGGAUAAUGUUGAUGGAAGACAUAAUAGCGAAUUGGAAGUUCUUAUGAUUAGUGCUCAGAAAGGUCAUGGAAUGCAGUUCCCUAAGGGUGGUUGGGAGAUCGAUGAAUCCAUGGAACAAGCAGCUUUAAGGGAAACUCUAGAGGAAGCUGGGGUUGAGGGUAAAGUCCAAAGCAUGUUAGGGAAAUGGCGAUAUAAGAGCAAACGACAAUGCGUUGUGCAUGAGGGACACAUGUUCCCUUUGUUUGUAAACAAGCAACUAGAGGAUUGGCCUGAGAAGAAUAUCCGUAAACGAAUAUGGAUGAGCGUGAGUGAAGCCAAAGAGAUUUGCCCAUAUGAGUGGAUGAAGGAAGCAUUGGAUGAAUUGACUCACAGAGAACAAGAAGAUAGAUAUGGAGGCGGAGAAGAAGGAGUUCAUCAAGUUAUUGACUAUGGCAUAGAAAUAGUUGGUUAGUUAGUUAGAAGACUCGAUUAUUUUAGGAAUUAAAUAAUUAAUAAUUAAUUAAAGGUCCUAUAUAAUAAUAGAUCAUAGUUAAAGACGCUAGAUAAUAUAUAGAGAAAGAUUAAAUUAAAGCUGCUGAUAUUGUCUUUGUAAUUGUUGCUUCAGAUGCUUAAUUAUUAGUUAGGAUGUGGGAGGGAGGAGCAGCUCCAAGAAGAACAAG